AUGCAGCCGGGCGGCGCAGAUCUUGGCGUCAAUACGCUCUCGGCCGCUGCCGCCGCCCACCAGAUGUCGCGGCUUGGCGAAGCGUUCAAGGACAGCCUCGCGCACCAGAUGCCUUCGAAGGCAGCCGGCGGCAUGGGACCCUCUCCGUAUGGCGUAUCCCUGCCGCAGCAGCAGUACGGCCUGCCAUCCACGAGCGGCCACUCGGAUCGCCUCUACGGCGGCAGCGCCAAUCCUUUCCCGAGCCACGCUGGCGGGAUGGGCGGCGGCCUGAGCGAGAAAUCGUCUCCGCGAUCAUCGGCGCAGCGAGGAAGCACCGACGACGGCUACGGCCUGCCUGCUCCGGGUCGUGGCAGCGGCGAUCGCGGCGCCCAACUGCCCGCGCCCUCGAUGGCUUCGCAGCUCGGGAACGGCGGCGGGGCCGCCCACCAGGCCGCCGUGUCACUGAGCCAUAUCGCUGGCGCUUCGAGCGCCGGUUCGCAGCAGCAGCACCAAUCGUCGAACUCGGUACCGCAACAGCCGCCCACGGUGAGGACGGCCGCCUCGAUGAAUCCCAAAGACCUGCUCGAGCUCUACUCCAAGUGGGAUCAGAUAGACACCAAGGCCAAAAGGAACAAGAAUGAAGAGGCGCAGGCGGAGGAAGUGCGGAAGGAGCGACACAACAUGGCAGAGAAGAGGCGGCGCAGCGACAUGAACGGCGCCAUCGACAGACUGAAGACCCUUCUACCUCAACAGGUUCAAAACUUGUGCGCCAAGCUCAUCACAGAAAACAAGCGACUGAAGCUGAUGGUCCCCGGCAUCAAGCUCGAAGACGACGAGGCCUUCCUCACGCGAGACGACGACGUGGCGGAGGACUACGAUCGCGAGAGGCGCUCGACCGGUGGUGCGGACCAGGACGGCGAGGGCGAUGAGAACCACCCGGCCAAGCGACAGAGGCGCAACUCGCCCGGCGAGAACAGCGACAGCAACGGCAGCGGGCGGGAAGGCGAGGGCAGCGAAGGCGAGCACGGCGGCGGGAAGGGCACCGGCCACUCGUCGAGCGGCAGCCAGAGCGGGAGCGGCGACGACGAGAGGGACGAGAUCGUGAUCGACCAGCGGGGCGACACCGACGAUGACGAUGACGACGACGCGGAGGGGCGGGACAGCGACAACUCCAACGACGGCCUGACCGGCAAGCAGCGAAUGGCCGUCGCCAACCACAGCAACGGCAACGCCGGCGACGGGUCCGUGGUGUCGGCCGGCGAGCCAACGUCCUUCUCCGGUCUCUCGUUUCCGCAGUCAUCGCAGGACGUGGCGGCGCAGCAGCAGCCACAACACCACCACCAGUUCCAUAAUCACCACGGGGCGAGUGAACUGCAGCAGCACCAGCACCAGCAGCAGCAUCAGCAGCUCCACCACCUCCACCACCAGCACGGAGGCAUGUAA